AUGUCAUCAUUUCCAGCCACGGCGCCCUUCAAGCUGCCCGCCGGCAGCCGGUGGGGCGUGGAGCUUGAACCAAGCGAAGUGGAUGAUGAGAACGAGGCAUUCCCCUUUGCGACAACUGCCCUUUCUUUUGCUCCGCCCACCGGAGCAGAGGGGCCCCGCCUUCCAUGGGGCAUUCGAAAGACGCUCCUCCAGGAAGGUUCUUCGCAGGACCAUCCGACGUCUGGCGAUGAGGUGCGCAUUCACUUCGAUGUGCGGCUUCUGGACGGGACAGCGAUUGGCUCGUCCAGGGACACCAAGCCCUUCGAGUUCAUCGUCAACCAAAGGCCGCUGGAGGUCAUCCAAGGCUUGGAGAUCGCGGUACAGACAAUGAAGAAGGGCGAAGUCGCGGAGUUCACGGUGGCGCCCAGGUUUGCCUAUGACGAUCUCGGCUCGCCGCCUUUGGUGCCCCCGGAUGCGACCCUUGUCUUCGAGAUCGAGCUCCUGGACUGGGAGAACAAGCUGGACGUGCUCGGGGAUGGUCGCGCCAUCAAGACGAUCCUUGAGAAGGGAACGCCGGGAACACUGGGCACACUGGGAAGCGCAAGGCCGCAACGAGGCCAAGACGUGGUCGUUUCCGUGACCAUCACAUCCCGCAAAGGGGACGUGCUUCUGGAACGCAGCAAGUUGGAUCAUACCGUCGGCUCCAAGGACUUCGGCACUGUUUCUGGUAUCAUCACGGAGGUGCUGCUGACCAUGAGCGAAGGCGAACGCUGCCAGGUCCUGCUGCGACGAUUUGCAGGCGACAAGAUGGUGGACUCCACUCACAGUGGCGCUACUGUGGACUUGCUGUUGGAGCGAGUGUAUGUGGCAUUGGACCUCCUGCCCGAGCUCUCUGAGCAGGGUGGUUUGCUGGUGAAGAAGCUUGUCACAGCUGGAAGCGAGGAUCCUCCUCAAGAUGCGGAUCUAGUAGCUUUGAGGGUGGACCGAGUCUUGGUCGGCCCUUCGGCAAAAGUCCACGUGUUGGACAAGGUUCUGAAUUUUCCACUUGGGAGCGGGGAUGUCUGCGACGCCCUGGACUUUGCAGCUGCCUCUAUGCGUGUCGGCGAAGAGGCCAAACUGGUUUGCAGAAGCCCGCUCAAUUUUUCCGACGCACAGCUUGGCCUGACUGGCCUGACUUCUGAUUUCGCGCUCGAGGCCACCUUUGAAGUGAAGCUUCUGAGCGUUGCCAGACAGGCAAACGCGGCCAACGCGGCCCUGCCCCUCGACGAGCGCCUCCAGUUGGCGGAGCGGCGCAAAGACAUCGCCACGAACUCGUUCAAAGAGGGCCGCUAUUGCUUCGCCUUGGAGCUGUAUCGGAGGCUGGCAGAGGCCCUCUGA